AUGCUGGACCUGUACGAGGCAAGUGUUCACAUUGUGUGUAUGUGUGUGUGUGCAUGUGUACGUGUGUGUGUGUGUGUGUGUGUGUGUUUGUGUGUGUGUGUGUGUGUGUGUGUAUGUGUGUGCAUGUGGGAUGACACCUAUCACCGACACCACUGGACUGGUAAUAGCCUUGUAGUGUGUCCCUGUGUCAUUACAUUAACAUUCAAUUGUCAUUACAUUAACAUUCAUUGUCGAUCGUCCCCCCUCCUUUCUUCCCUUCUUUCUCAGGAUGAAUCCCCAGUUUAUCACCCAGACACUGGCAGGUGUGAUGGAGGGAGGUAGAGGUGUGACAUAUGGGUCUGAUCUUCAGAGUCAGCAGUCAUUACCAAUGUUACUACUACUGCUGCUUCUUCUAACAUGUGUGAUAAUGGUUCACAAAAACAGGCUAGUAUUGAAAUUGAUGGUCAUACCCAGUGAGUAAAACUGGUUAAAAUGACGCCAAUCCAGUUUUCCAUUACGUUGUUUUAACUAGCUUAACCCUCUGAGUAUGCAUGCGUGUGCUAAUCACAAACAAUUUUAAACUGAAGUCAUGCUGUAUGUUGCGCUUCAAAGUUUCACUUUAAUAAUAUUUUUGGGGAAGAGACAGACUAUUCCUCUAAGUUCCUCUGAAAAAUACUUUAGAUAUAAUUCUGACCAAAGUACUUUGUAAGAGUCCUAAGUAUUAUUGUCACAAACCCUGGAGUGUUGGGCUUCAGAAGCCCAGAGGCCUCAAAGACUCUGAAAGAGGAAUCAUUCACUAAGUACUUUGAGGUCAACAGGGAACAGAGAGACUGCGUGAAAGCAACAGUAUUUUACUCUUCUCCCUGGUCUCGUCAAAUAAUUAAUUGCCCCUCAUCAGUUUUCUCUUUCUCUCUCUCAAAGAAAGGAUAUUAUUGACCAGAAUAAAAAAAAUAUGUUUCCCACUUUAGCCUAAUGGGAGUAAUUUGAGUGUCAGUUGGAUUCAAUCUGCACAAUCUUUCCUUCAAUCAAAAUCGAGUUAAACUUAGCCAUUUAGAGUUAGGUUUUUGAUUUAAUCCAUCUCCCAGAGGCAUGCACUUCAACACUGAAUAUUACAGAACAUCCUUACUUGCCUAACACAAUUAAUACUCUGAGUGGUAGGACUACAAAUCAACAACAGCCCAAUGAUGAACUAUCUGAUUCCGUACUUACUCAGAGCUAUAAAUAGCUUUUGAAUGAGUAAGUGGUAGGAGGGAGGGAGGAAGAGAUGGAGGGAUGGAGGGAGGGAGUGUUAGCUAGAUGAUUUAGGUAAUGUAAUGGUCAUGAUGAUGCUGCUCCUUUCUGUUAGCCUAGCGGUGUGUGUGUGUGUGUGUGUGUGUGUGUGUGUGUGUGUGUGUGUGUGUGUGUGUAUGUAUGUGUGUAUGUAUUAGCAAUUUCCACACUAUUCAGAGCCUCUGAUUCAGCAGUGGAUCCAUAUUUCUAAUAGAUUGCAGAAACUUCAUUAAUGCAUAUUGAAAGUUUGUAAAAGGCUGUCUGCGGGGAGACCGAGUGCAUGUACUGAGGGAAGUCUGGUUUCUCAGUGGUCGUUUAUCAUACUAGUGCUACUGUGUUGAAAGUUGUUGUGUUGUUUGUUUUGUCUAUGUAGAUGGAUCCACAUGCAUACAUAAGUCUAUAUUUAAUAUUACUAGAGUGCUGGACAUUGAGUUGUUUUGCGUACGUUUCCACAUGCACACAUACAGUUAACUGGCUCCUGAGUGGCGCAGCGGUCUAAUGCACUGCAUCUCAGUACCAGAGGCUUCACAACAGACCCUGGUUUGAUUCCAGGCUGUAUCGCAAUCCGUCUGUGAUUGGGAGUCCCAUAGGGUGGCGCACAAUUGGCCCAGCGUCGUCCGGGUUUUUCCGGUGUAGGCCGUCAUUGGAAAUAAGAAUUUGUUCUUAACUGACUUGCCUAGGUAAAUAAAAAAAUAAACUGCCAAUAUAAAGUGUCUUAAUAGGGCGCUGAGCUGCCAGAACAGCUUCAAUGCGCCUUUGCAUAGAUUCUACAAGUGUGUGGAACUCUAUUGGAGGAAUGCGACACCAUUCUUCCACGAGAAAUUCCAUAAUUUGGUGUUUUGUUGGUGGUGGAAAACGCUGUCUCAGGUGCGGCUCCAGAAUCUCCCAUAAGUGUUCAAUUGGGUUGAGAUCUAGUGACUGAGACGGCCAUGGCAUAUAGUUUACAUCAUUUUCACGCUCAUCAAACCAUUCAGUGACCACUCGUGCCCUGUUGAUGGGAGUAUUGUCAUUCUGGAAGAGACCACUCCCAUCAGGAUAGAACUACUUCACCGUAGGUUAAAGUUUAUCACUCAGAAUGGCUGUGUAUUUAUUCGGCAUUUACCUUGCCCUCUAAGGUGGUGAGUGGACCUAAACCAUGCCAGGAAAAAGCACCCCACACCAUAACAGAGCCACCAGAACCCUAAUUUACUUAAGUGUUUCCUUUAUUGUGGCAGAUACCUGUAUUUCCAUAUGUACUAUUACCAGAUGACAGCCACACAUAGGUCUACACAUAUAACUAGAUGUCACUCUUAUAGUCAAUGAGACAUUGAUGCCAACAAUCAUCAUAGUAAUGUACUUAUGGCUAUCAUUAUUAGUACUGUAAAAGUUUUGAUUUAGUACAUAGUUAAAAUAUUAGCUUGCAGGAAGUGUACUGUAGCUGUUGCCGGCAGUGUUUUUUGACCUUGUACUCUACCUAGCCUGUUCUCCCACUGUGAUAUACCUUGACAGAGAGGUAGCAUCUCCAUCAAUACUGUAGUACUAGCCCACACUCCCUGAUAUUACACAUCUGAUUAUGAUAAAAGUUGCCAUUCCAGAGUGGAGAUCUCAGUGUCCCUGUCCUUCACUACAGCAGGGAAGGAGGGAUCGUGGUUGGAAGAGGGGAUAGAGGGAUGGGUGUGGGGGAUGAUAAAUAAUUACCUCUGUGAUUGACACGUCUGGUCAGGGGAAGGAGGGGCCCCCUCUGGCCUCAUUAGCCAUGUCCAUCCCAGUCCGUCUUGUUUCUAUGACGAUGUCAAACGUGGCGCCUAUUAGUGCCACUUAUACUGAAAGGGCCCCUGAGGCCCCUCAGGAAGUGUGAUACGACAGUAGGCCCUCAAUGUCUGCUGCAGAAUAGGUCUUAUUUAAAGCACAGUCGUCAGGUUUACCCCCAUCACACUUCCAUCCUGGAUGGGUUAUCGUAGGAAAACAGUUUGACUAAGGAGGAAAGGAGCCAUGACUGCUCUCUUUCUCUCUCUCUCUUUCUCUCUCUCUCUCUCUCUCUCUCUCUCUCUCUCUCUCUCCUCUCUCUCUCUCUCUCUCUCUCUCUCUCUCUCUCUCUCUCUCUCUCUUUCUCUCUCUCUCUUUCUCUCUCUCUGUUUCUCUCUCACUUUGUGAGUGGGUGUCACGUGGAGGUGACAGUUUAUCAGUUUUAACGUCCAGCGUUGUACUGUAGUGACAACAGUGGUGGGCAGUUGACGGGGACGCAAUUAAAGGGAGACAAUUAAAGGAAAAGGAGACUGGUUUUGUGACCAGUCUGAUGUCUGUCAGCAUGGCCGCAGGAAAAUGUUUGGGAGUGGGGGUGGUGAGAACUUUUUGCAGGGGGAAUCUUUUUGCCCCCUCUACAGACAGCUAUAUUGGUCCGCUAAAACAGGACUAGUAAAGGCCCAGCGCACUACUUUUGUGAGAAUAAAAAAUAAAUAAAAAUUAUGAUUAUAAUUUGCCCGGCGUUACAGAAAGCUAUAUCGGUCCGUAAUACAGGACUACUAAAAGCUCAGUGCACUACUUUUGUGAAGAAAUAUAUAUUUUUCUAUAUAUACAGUAUAUAUACAGUUGAAGUCGGAAGUUUACAUACAGUCGUGGUCAAAAGGUUUGAGAAUGACACAAAUAAUACAUUUCACAAAGUCUGCUGCCUCAGUUUUGAUGAUGGCAAUUUGCAUAUACUCCAGAAUGUCAUGAAGAGUGAUUAGAUGAAUAGCUAUUAAUUGCAAAGUCCCUCUUUGCCAUGAAAAUGAACUUAAUCCCCCAAAAACAUUUUGACUGCAUUUCAGCCCUGCCAAAAAAGGACCAGCUGCCAUCAUGUCAGUGAGAGUGUUGACGAGGACAAGGCUGGAGAUCACUCUGUCAUGCUGAUUGAGUUAGAAUAAAAGACUGGAAGCUUUAAAAGGAGGGUGGUGCUUGAAAUCAUUGUUCUUCCUCUGUUAACCAUGGUUACCUGCAAGGAAACACGUGCCGUCAUCAUUGCUUUGCACAAAAAGGGAUUCACAGGCAAGGAUAUUGCUGCUAGUAAGAUUGCACCUAAAUCAACAAUUUAUCGGAUCAUCAAGAACUUCAAGGAGAGAGGUUCAAUUGUUGUGAAGAAGGCGUCAGGGCGCCCAAGAAAGUCCAGCAAGCGCCAGGACCGUCUCCUAAAGUUGAUUCAGCUGCGGGAUCGGGGCACCACCAGUGCAGAGCUUGCUCAGGAAUGGCAGUAGGCAGGUGUGAGUGCAUCUGCAAGCACAGUGAGGCAAAGACUUUUGGAGGAUGGCUUGGUGUCAAGAAGGGCAGCCAGGAAGCCACUUCUCUCCAGGAAAAACAUCAGGGACAGACUGAUAUACAGGGAUUGGACUGCUGAGGACUGGGGUAAAGUCAUUUUCUCGGAUGAAUCCCCUUUCCGAUUGUUUGGGGCAUCCGGAAAACACCUUGUCCGGAGAAGACAAGGUGAGCGCUACCAUCAGUCCUGUGUCAUGCCACCAGUAAAGCAUCCUGAGACCAUUCAUGUGUGGGUUUGCUUCUCAGCCAAGGAAGUGGGCUCACUCACAGUUUUGCCUAAGAACACAGUCAAGAAUAAAGAAUGGUACCAACACAUCCUCUGAGAGCAACUUCUCCCAACCAUCAAAGAACAGUUUGGUGAUGACCAAUGCCUUUUCCAGCAUGAUGGAGCACCUAAGUGGCUCGGGGAACAAAACAUAGACAUUUUGGAUCCAUGGCCAGGAAACUCCCCAGACCGUAAUCCCAUUGAGAACUUGUGGUCGAUCCUCAAGAGGCGGGCGGACAAACAAAAACCCACAAAUUCUGACAAACUCCAAACAUUGAUUAUGCAAGAAUGGGCUGCCAUCAGUCAUGAUGUGGCCCAGAAGUUAAUUGACAGCAUGCCAGGGCGGAUUGCAGAGGUCUUGAAAAAGAAGGGUCAAAGCAAAUAUUGACUCUGCAUAAACUUAAUUCAAUUGUCAAUAAAAGCCUUUGACACUUAUGGAAUGCUUGUAAUUAUAUGUCAGUAUACCAUAGUAACAUCUACCAAAAAUAUCUCAUAACACUGAAGCAGCGAACUUUGUGAAGACCAAUGCUUGUGUCAUUCUCAAAUCUUUUGACCAUGACUGUACAUUUAGGUUGGAGUCAUUAAAACUCGUUUUUCAACCACUCCACAAAUUUAUUGUUAACAAACUAUAGUUUUGGCAAGUCGGUUAGGACAUCUACUUUGUGCAUGACACAAGUAAUUUUUCCAACAAUAGUUUACAGACAGAUUAUUUCACUUAUAAUUCACCGUAUCACAAUUCCAGUGGGUCAGAAGUUUACAUACACUAAGUUGACUGUGCCUUUAAACAGCUUGGAUGUCAUGGCUUUAGAAGCUUCUGAUAGGCUAAUUGACAUCAUUUGAGUCAAUUGGAGGUGUACCUGUGGAUGUAUUUCAAGGCCUACCUUCAAACUCAGUGCCUCUUUGCUUGACAUCAUGGGAUGUAUUUACAGUUAAAGUCGGAAGUUUACAUACACCUUGUCCAAAUACAUUUAAAGUCAGUUUUUCACAAUUCCUGACAUUUAAUCCUAGUAAAAAUUCCCUGUUUUAGGUCAGUUAGGAUCACCACUUUGUUUUAAGAAUGUGAAAUGUCAGAAUAACAUAGUAGAGAGUGAUUUAUUUCAGAUUUUAUUUAUUUCAUCACAUUCCCAGUGGGUCAGAAGUUUACGUACACUCAAUUAGUAUUUGGUAGCAUUGCCUUUUAAUUGUUUAACUUGGGUAAAAGGUUUGGGGUAGCCUUCCAAAAGCUUCCCACAAUAAGUUGGGUGAAUUUUGGCCCAUUCCUCCUGACAGAGCUGGUGUAACUGAGUCAGGUUUGUAGGCCUCCUUGCUCACACACGCUUUUUCAGUUCUGCCCACAAAUGUUCUAUAGGAUUGAGGUCAGGGCUUUAUGAUGGCCACUCCAAUACCUUGACUUUGUUGUCCUUAAGCCAUUUUGCCACAACUUUGGAAUUAUGCUUGGGGUCAUUGUCCAUUUGGAAGACCCAUUUGCGACCAAGCUUUAACUUCCUGCAACAUGUCUUGAGAUGUUGCUUCAAUAUAUCCACAUAAUUUUCCUUCCUCAUGAUGCCAUCUAUUUUGUGAAGUGCACCAGUCCCUCCUGCAGCAAAGCACCCCCACAGCAUGAUGCUGCCACCCCUGUGCUUCACGGUUGGGAUGGUGUUCUUCGGCUUGCAAGCGACCCCCUUUUUACUCCACACAUAACGAUGGUCAUUAUGGCCAAACAGUUCUAUUUUUGUUUCGUCAGACCAGAGGGCAUUUCUCCAAAAAGUACGAUCUUUGUCCCCAUGUGCAGUUGCAAACCGUAGUCUGGCUUUUUUAUGGCGGUUUUGGAGCAGUGGCUUCUUCCUUGCUGAGCGGCCUUUCAGGUUAUGUCGAUAUAGGACUUGUUUUACUGUGGAUACCUGUUUCCUCCAGCAUCUUCACAAGGUCCUUUGCUGUUGUUCUGGGAUUGAUUUGUACUUUUCGCACCAAAGUACGUUCAUCUCUAGGAGACAGAACGUGUCUCCUUCCUGAGCGGUAUGACGGCUGCGUGGUCCCAUGGUGUUUAUACUUGCGUACUAUUGUUUGUACAGAUGAACGUGGUACCUUCAGGCGUUUGGAAAUUGCUCCCAAGGAUGAACCAGACCUGUGGAGGUCUACAAAUUUUUUUCUGAGGUCUUGGCUGAUUUCAUUUGAUUUUCCCAUGAUGUCAAGCAAAGAGGCACUGAGUUUGAAGGUAGGCCUUGACAUACAAUCACAGGUGCACCUCCAAUUGACUCAAAUUAUGUCAAUUAGCCUAUCAGAAGCUUCUAAAGCCAUGACAUCAUUUUUUGGAAUUUUAAAGGCACAGUCAACUUAGUGUAUGUAAAGUUCUGAACCACUGGAAUUGUGAUACAGUCAAUUAUAAGUGAAAUAAUCUGUCUGUAAACAAUUGUUGGAAAAAUUACUUGUGUCAUGCACAAAGUAAAUGUCAUAACCGACUUGACAAAACAAUAGUUUGUUAACAAGGAGUGGUUGAAAAACGAGUUUAAUGACUCCAACCUAAGUGUAUGUAAACUUCCGACUUCAACUGUAUACACUACCGUUCAAAAGUUUGGGGUCACUUAGAAAUGUUGUUGUUUUCAAAAGAAAAGCAAUUUUUUUGUCCAUUAAAAUGACAUCAAAUUGAUCAGAAAUACAGCGUAGACAUUGUUAAUGUUGUCAAUGACUAUUGUAGCUGGAAACGGCUUAUUGAUUUUUAAUGGAAUAUCUACAUAGGCGUACAGAGGCCCAUUAUCAGCAACCAUCAGUUACCACCAUUAUUGCUAAUCCAAGUUUAUCAUUUUAAAAGGCUAAUUGAUCAUUAGAAAACCCUUAUGCAAUUAUGUUAGCACAGAUGAAAACUGUUGUGCUGAUUAAAGAAGCAAUACAACUGGCCUUCAUGAGACUAGUUGAGUAUCUGGAGCAUCAGCAAUUGUGGUUUCGAUUACAGGCUCAAAAUGGCCAGAAACAAAUAACUUUCUUCUGAAACUCGUCAGUCUAUUCUUGUUCUGAGAAAUGAAGGCUAUUCCAUGCGAGAAAUUAUGUGUGUGUAUAUAUAUAUAUAUACUGUAUAUAUAUAUUUAUUUGUAUUAAUUUUUUUUUAUUUAUAAGAUUUUUCAGGGGGUGUUGCAGCACCCUCAGCAUCCCUACCAGGGGCGGUGUGUUCAAUAGGGCGAUAUGGGCGACGCACUGCCAAACGGGAAAAGGAAGGGAUUUUUUUUCUAAUCAAUUAUAUCACGGCAACAGUAGUUAUCAGUGUUGUAAUCUGUUGUAAAAACGUCUGAUCUGCCACAGUGCCACUAAAUGUCCAAUCAGGCUAAAGUCGUGCUUCAAAUGCCCCCCCCCCCUUUUGGGGCGAUUUCAGUCAGGUUGAAAAUCGCCCAGAAGUCUGUCAUAGACUCCCAUGUAAAAUCUAUUUUUUUCAAAUAUCAGAGCUUUCAAUACAAUCUCUACGGGUUUCUGAGGGCUUGCACUUACGCGCUUUCGUCAUACGUAACAUAACCAUGAACGUAACUAAGAAAAGAGCGGGUAGCCUCGUCAAUCAAUUCACUACUACUAUCAAAAUGGCUAGGCUUCAGUGCAACUCGAUUGUGUCUUUGAAAGAAGUUCCUUUUUGUCGGCGAACAAAUGAAGAUAAAUUGGCAACGAAACAAUUAGGACCUCCCAGACCAAAUUUAAUAAUUCAACAGGUUUCUACUAAAGGGGGGAAGUCCUACACCCGAGGAUUUUCCAAAAAUUGGUACGAACGAAAAACCUGGCUAGCAGGCUGCGAUGUAGCUAAUGCAGUCUUCUGCUACCCCCUGCUUACUCUUUCACCCUGAAGGCAGCACGGCAGACAGCACCGCUUGGACAGCGACUGGUGUGUAACGGACAUGCACCAUCUUUCAGGAAAGAUUAAGAAACAUGAGCUGUCAAAGACCCACAUGGAUAGCUGUUUGAGAUUGUCUGCUUUGGGGAGAGUGAACAUUCCCACUCAACUGGAUGAGGGAUACAGGCUAGCUGUCCGCCGCCACAACGAUGAGGUUAGUGUUGAUAAUCACAAGUUUACUGGAGAACUGAAACUGACAAGGCUGACAAGAUAGGACCCUUUUGUCCAUUGUUAUUGGAUAGGAACAGAACUUAUAACCAGCUCCUGACCUAAAUAGAUCUUAGCACAACAUUUUACUCAACAUAUCAUAUUCCAUAUUCACUAUAACAAAUAUAUUUACUACGACAUUAGCAAGAACCGCCACAUCCUCAGCCGGCUAAUCCAGUGUGUGAAGUUUUGCGGAGUGUUUGAGUUAGCUUUGCGAGGCAAAGAUGAAACUGAGGGCUCCACCAACCCUGGUAAGCCAACACUUUUGAGAUCAGUCAAUAAAUGCUUCUGGUAUUGACUUAUAUGCUGCCCCUGUCUUCAUGUUGUUGCUGGACAUAUCUUUUUUAAAAUGUGUGUAGGUCACCUAAAUCAUCAGAAAAAUUGCCCCCCCUGAGAAUUUUUUCAGGAGCCGCCACUGAUCCCUACUUCCCACAGCUACGUCUGUCAUGGGUUAUUUUGGGUACUGUGUACUGCUUGACAAAGAAAAUGAAGAAACACCAUGUCAUCUGUUUUGGUGGUUGGAUUGGCUAGUUUUAGCGUCUGUUUUAGCAUUUGUUCUCUAUUUCUCCCUAGGUAGCAGGUAUCAAAGGCAUGCUGAUCGCUAACAGGAGGCUAGACAACCAGGUGAAGACCUACAUCACCUACAACAAGGGCCAUGAUUGGAGGUUACUGCAGGCCCCGGCGACAGACCUGGCUGGCAACGACAUCCACUGCGUACUGGUGAGUUAUACUGAAGCUAACAGGGAAGGCUCAUCGCUGUGGUAAUCAUACAUGAUCUAAGACUGCCUGAACUAUUUGAGGUGCUUUCCUAGACCAGAUUAAGCCUACUCCAGAACUAAAACGGCAUACUCAAUAGAGAAUCUCGAUUGAAAGUUCAUUUUAGUAAAGGAAUAUGUGUUCAGUUCCCUUCAAGUUAUGUACAUCAAUGAUAACUGUGUGUUACAUCACACACUCAAGGGAGUUUGCUUACUCAUCUUAAGGGAAGGGAAAUUACUUUACAUAAUCACAUUUAAGCUAUGAUAUGAAGAUGAAUUGUGUACACACUCCUUAUUAUUUAAAGUUAUUAUUAAUUUAUGUGCCCUAUCUUUCCUUUUAUCCCACGUGAGGCGACUGUAAAGGAUGACUAUGUAGAGAAAUAACUUUGAGACAUUAGCAGUAAGAGUUAAUACUGCUUAAAAGCCUAGGGAGGCAAUUGUGGAGGCUGCACGGUGUGCGCUGAGUGGGCUACAGGUUGAAUACAAUUGUGCAUUCACGUGACGUUCUAAUUACAGAUUUCUUUUGAUUACCCUGUUAAAUCCCAUUGCCCUUGGUGUCCUUACAGCAAUGUCACGCUAUCAAUUGGCAAAGAUGAAAGCAGACAUUUUUUGUGGGGGCUCUGUGAACAGAUAUAAAAUCUUCCCUAUGUCUCUAUAUUAUUACGACAAACUAUGGAGACGCAGCAUGGUUUUUCAGAGGGAGGCUGCGGGAAUUGGCUUGGUUGUGUUUAGAUUUUUUCAUGUUUUGUUAACCAAAUAUAGUUUGUUGUAUAGUUAACUGACUAUGUUAGCAUUGCUGUUAGCAUUUGGUGUAAAUGUAACUCACUGGAAGACUUCAGAAUCAAAAGGAUUCUAUUAGGCAGUAUCUUCAGGGUUUCUGAGAUGAAAGCCUGAUAAAGACAGCAUAGCAGAUUUUAUUUUCCUUAUCUAAAGGACCUUCUCUUGAAACAAAACGCAUAUGCUUUGUGCACCUAUAUAGAUCAACCCUGUAGUGUUCUAUGUAACAUUGGGGAUUUGACUGACCAGUGUAUAAUGGCUUCGUCAAAUAUAAUGGACUGUCUGUCAUUUCUCACCCCUCAGCCCUUCUGUUCACUCCAUCUCCAACUGCAGACAUUUGAAAACCCCUACCUGUCAGGCAGCAUAUCAACCAAGGCCUCAGCACCAGGAAUUAAAGUGGCCACAGUUGAGAGAAUACAGAAUGACCAUUUGAUAGAUAAGAUUAGAUUAGAUUACCUUAUUGUCCACUUAUGUGGAAUUCAUUUGGCUGAAUAGAAAGACAUCUAUUAAAUUUAGGAAAUGGUACAAAAAGAGAAUAGCUGUCUAUCAGUCCUGUUAUAAACAACUCAUCAUCGAUUGUGUGGAAAGAAUAUUGUGUUUUAGCAACAAACAAAUAAUCUGCUUUCUUGAUCUCUGUCCUCAAAUAAUCUUUGCUCUGUCACCAAAACAAUAGUUUGUUCUCUCCUCCUAUCCUCUAAUCUCGUACUGGAUCUGUGAGAUCCCUAAACCACAGUGAGCCUGUAUAACUGUACUGAAUCUGGCCAGAGACACACUAUCACACUUCUGAUGUUGGUCUUACUCACAGAUGUUAGGUUUUGGUGACGCAAAGUCAUCCGGUUUAUUUAAGUGGGCCAGUGCAGACUGAGGACACAUGACACAACAGAUUAUGUUUGUUUGUGAGUGUGUGUUCGGCUAUCUCUACACAACCCUCUGCUUCGGCCCAGUUCAUCACUCGACCCUGCGCCCUCACACACACACACACACACACACACACACACACACACACACACACACACACACACACACACACACACACAAGUCAGCUGGUGCAGAGAUCAGUUGGUGAACCUGACAAACACGAUGCAGCUCAAAACUCAUUCUUUGUUGUAUUUUUAUCACAGGGAAAAUUGGGUCUGAGCGGUGGUACAAUAACGUUGGAAUGUUCAUCUCAUCUGAUGCAGGUAACAACUGGAAACAGGUCAGUUUAGUCUGAAUCUGGGGGUUAAAUCUAAGGCAUUCAAGGAAAACACUGAAUAUUGUAGUCUGGAGAAUAAGUAUUUUAGACAUGUAAAUAUUAUAUUAUAUUGAAUUGCCUCUGUGUCCCCUUUCAGAUAUUCGAGGAGGAAUACUGAUAGAUUAAUUUGUAUUUUGAGAAUAAUGACUAAAGGAUUUCACCCCAAAUACAGUAUAAAUGUGUGAACGGUGUUAGAGUUAUAAUGUAGUGUCAACCCACUAACAGAGCCCCCCCAGUUAGAAACUGUUGAAAGCAUUCCAGGGUGAAGGGGCUAAGAAACGGUUUAUAGGUGGGUGGAGCAAAGUGCCUUUGUGUGUCAAGGAAUAUAAAAGCUGUAUGUAUGUUUUUAGGCGCCAGAGCUCUCCAUGAAUAAAAAUACAGAUCAUUCUUGCUGGUGGCGGACCUUUGUUUAAUUCAUGAUUAAACCAGAGAAUUUACACCCUCUUAUUCAGAGCAUUAAGUUUGAUUAAUUAGAGAUAUAAAUUCUCGUGACAAAUGGUCCUUCGAGCCGGAUCUUAAAAUACGUCUUUAUCGUUCUGAGGACACCGAAAACCGUGCACGGGCGGAUGAUAGCAUCCGUAUAGAAUAGACCUGGCCUUCGACGUUAAGGUUAUAAACAGGCCGGUGAUGAAUCUUAUGAACGAUAAAGACGUUAACGAGUUUGAAAAAGAUCACCUACCCCGACCUAUCAUCACUGUAGUGUGUUCUCAGGGUGUGAGUAUGGGGUGAUACCAAGCAGAAAGACUGAGGACAGGAGAGGGUUGGCGGUUUUUGGGAAUAUGGGUGACUUGAGCUGCAUCAUAGUCUCAGCAAUGGUCUUGAUAUGUCAAGAUCCACCACCAAUUACGCUAUGCCCUUACCACUGUUAAGAAGUAAAAGAGAAGAGAAGCGACCCGAUAUACUGACCGUCAAGGAAGAGUGGCCUACAAAAUGGGAGUCAGAGAAGGGCAGACUGUCAGAUUCAAAAUAAGGGUUAGGGACGUAGCCAAUGGGUAGGGUACAUGUCAAUAAGCAAGCAACGUGGGAUUAUAGAAUUCCAUUGUAUUUAUGUUCAGCUCCCUCGGCGGAUUGUUCCUGGGCUCAGGUGUUUAGACAUACUGGGGGAUGGAGAUAUGAGACGGACGGACGGACGGACGGACGGACGGGGGGGGGGGGGGGGGGGGGGGUUGACGUCCAGAUGGAGGAUAAGAAGGUAUAAAGACAUCCCCACGGAGAUGGUAGUAACAAUAGUAAAGGUCACUAAAGAGGACAUGAAAAUAACUUACUGGGCUUGCGCGGACGAAUACGGACGCGAUACCUGUCUACGAUUACAUUUGGUGGAGUCGAAAGAGAUGGAGGGCCCAGGUCCUGUCAUUAAUCCAUUAAUAGCGAUUGACCGAGUAAAUCAGUCAAAGGAUGACGGAGUCAAUUCAACUAACCCGUCCACGAUAAAAUAUUUUAUCCUCCAAGAAUGGAACCAAGGGGAAGUAGAGGGAGUCCCGGAUGAAAAUCUCUGGUUAAAGUGGAUGAAGUACACUGCUAGGGCCUUGUGGGAGACCAAUUGUUAAGCAUGCUCCAUUGGGCGACCGACAAUGUUGACCGCCCCAGUGCCAAAGGAAAUGUUUACCUGUGUAUUAGACCUGGGGUCCAAUCAAAAAGAGCACAAUUGCACAGGAAUUGGGCUAGCAAAGUUGACUUACUCGGCUAGCCCACCUAGGUUCACUUUAACUCCUGGCGAAUACCAGUGUUACAGACAUAGAAAUGGCACACGUAACUUGGGUGAUUUUGAUGGCUGUAAGGAGAUAAUUAAUGUGACUGAUUUAGAUAUGGGAGGGGGGAAAAAAAUUAUGAACCUUACCAUCCCUCUGACUGAUGUGUGGUGGGCAUGUACUAACAAAGGGAGCAUUAGACAGACAUUACCAGAAGGAUGGGUGGGUACUUGUGCCCCAGUAUUGUUGGUCCAACCUGUAAGAAUUAGUCAUCAAAGACCAGUGACAGGAAGAAUAAUCAGGAGGAGAAGAAAUAUAGGUCAGGAAGGAAAUAACCCAAUUUGGAUAGAUGGAAUAGGCAUCCCCAGGGGUGUUCCAGACGAAUACAAAGCUAUGAAUCAAAUAUGGGAGGGUUUUACCACAAAAUGUUUCUGGUGGGUGACAAUAAACAAGAUUGUGAGGUGGAUUAAUUAUAUCUAUUACGACCAACAACAAUUUAUUGGCGGGACUAGGGAUGCAGUAAAAGGGAUUUCUGAAAUUAUCCGCCAUCCCACUCAUGACUUAGUAAAAGAGGUUGGCUCUAGAUCAGGCAGAAAGGGCCAAUGUCUAUAGAAUGAUAAGCCAUUGUUGCACAUUUAUCCCUAACAACACCACACUGGAUGGGACAGUCACCAGAGCUCUUGCAGAAUUAACUGCACUAAGUGAAGAAUGAACUGAGAACUCAGAAGUUAGUACAUCGUGGAUAGGGUGGUUUGAUGAAAUGGUUGGUAAAUGGAAAACCAUAGCAGCCACCAUUUUAGGGGCGGUCAGUGUUUGUAUGGGUAUUCUUGUAUUAUGUGGUUGUUGUCUUAUUCCCUGUGUCCGAGGAUUGGUGAGUAAGGCGUUGGUGAAAUGCAGUAUCUCAACAAUGAUGAGAGAUGGACCGACUCCGGACUCUGACCAGGGGAAUGUGAAAAACUAUCCUCCAGGCUUGGUGGAUGAUGAGGAUUUUGACCCUGAAAGACCGCCAUUGGAUGAAAUGUUUAUUAGUUCUGACGUAAUCUCUGAGAUUAAUCAUGCUUGUAAAUACAUUUAUCCUGAAUGUGAAAAUAUUUAGUCAAAGGGGUGGAUUGAUAGAUUAAUUUGUAUUUUAAGAAUAAUGACUAAAGGAUUUCACCCCAAAUACAGUGUAAAUGUGUGAACGGUGUUAGAGUUAUAAUGUAGUGUCAACCCACUAACAGAGGGGGGGAGUUAGAAACGGUUGAAAGCAUUCUAGGGUGAAGGGGACUAAGAAAGGUUUAUAGGUGGGCGGAGCAAAGUGCCUUUGUGUGUCAAGGAAUAUAUAAGCUGUAUGUAUGUUUUUAGGCGCCAGAGCUCUCCAUGAAUAAAAAUACAGAUCAUUCUUGCUGGUGGCGGACCUUUGUUUAAUUCAUGAUUAAACCAGAGAAUUUACACCCUCUGGGAAUUAUUCAGAGCAUUAAGUUUGAUUAAUUAGAGAUAGAAAUUCUCGUGACAAACACAAAGUCUGAUUUCUGGAUAAAGGAGGGGCCCUAGUCGCUGUGAAACAACCAACCGUCCCCACCAGACAUUUACAGUAGGUUUAAACCUAAAUCAACAUGUUAAUACUUAUAUUGAUGUCAAAAAUGUUACGUAACUUUAUCUGUUGAUUAAAGACAGUUUUCAAGUUUGGAACAACUUGCAAAGCACAAACAUAUGCAAUAAAGAUACUAAAUUGUUUCUUCACCAAUUCCCCCUUUUAGUACUUUAACACAUUGCCCAUCCUCUUCUAAAUUGGAGUGCCCAGGUCUCUUCUUCUUAUAUCACUUUAGGAAAAAAUAAAUCAUACUUUUAGCGCCAAUCAAGUGUGCAGGAUGCCCUUCCUUAAUGGUUGUGUCUCCUAGACUAUUUACGUGCACUAGUUGAGGAAAGGAACACAGUAGAAGCCCUCAUAGCAGACCAGGGUUCAAAUAGUAUUUGUUUUCUUUCAGAGUUUAAUUGAGCUACUUAAUUGUAUGGAGUGCCAGAUGGGCGGGAUUUGGAAUUUUGGGCAAUUCCAUUGGAUCCAUUAGGCCAGGCAAGCUCAGUAAUGGGCAGCUAAAGUAUAAUAAAUACUGUUUGAACCCAGUCAAGCGCUGUAGGAGCCAAUCGUCCGUGGUUUCUCUCUCUCUCUCUCUCUCUCUCUCUCUCUCUCUCUCUCUCUCUCUCUCUCGCGCUCUCUCUCUCUCUUUCUCUCCUCCCAGCUGGUAUCCUCCUAUUAGAUGUGUUUCAAUGCUUUGUCUGUUGUUUGAACUUUUAGCCAGAUGAAGGCAUGCUGGCUGACGGAGGUUUGGAUGGAAGCUGCAACAAGGGGGAUGCUUCUUGUAUCCUAGUGCAAGGCUCUGCAUUGUUGAGUGUUGUUCCCAACCUUGUCACACACAGUCCUCCAGUGUUCUAACAUCUGAAGUGAUGUUGAUGAGCUGUCAGAAUCAAUAGAGAACAGGCCCGGAGAAUGAAAGUUUCCUAAUCUCUUUUUUUUUUUUUCUUGUGUCUCCCCCCACCGCUCCACCCCUGUUUUGUAGUCGUUAGAACAUGAAACGGUUCUAUUCCGGUUUGUAAUGUCCUAUGUUUUUCUUCUUCUCCACCUCACUAUAGACUGUAAGUUAACCUAAGACCCAUGACGUUGUUGUUUUCCCUUCAAGUUGUUAUGCCUCCAAGCUUUGAUAGUCAGAGAGUUCUAUUUUUUCUUCUUCUUCUUCUAUUCAGCAGAACGUGUGUUAACUGUAGUCAAUUAGAUGCAACCUGAGAUUCAUUGGCUGACUGUCUAUUGAGACUAUUUACUCCGCUGAUCUUCCAUGAACCAAGUUGACUCACUGUAAUUGAGUGCAUCAGGGUUGGGAUUCAGAGUAGGAAUGCUGAUCUAGGAUCAAAUCUCCCCGGUCUGUGACUCAUUCAUUAUGAUCUAAAAGGCAAAACUGAUCCUAGAUCAGCACUCUUACUCAGAGAUACACUAUAUAUACAAAGGUAUGUGGACACCUCUUCAAAUUAGCGGAUUUGGCUAUUUCGCAAAGUUUAGGCCACACAAGCUCACAGAACGGGACCGCUGAGUGCUGAAGAGCGUCUGUCCUCAGUUGCAACACUCACUACUAAGUUCCAAACUGCCUCAAGAAGCAACAUCACUACAAGAACUUAGUCGGGAGCUUCAUGAAAUGUGUUUCCAUGGCCGAGCAGCAACACACAAGCCUAAGAUCACCAUUCGCAAUGCCAAGCGUCGGCUAGAGUGGUGUAAAGCUUGCCGCCAUUGGACUCUGGAGCAGUGGAAACGCAUUCUCCGGAGUGAUGAAUCACACUUCACCAUCUGGCAGUCCGACAGACUAAUCUGUGUUUGGCGGAUGUCAGGAGAACACUACCUUCCUUAUGCAUAGUGGCAACUGUAAAGUUUGGUGGAGGAGGAAAAAUGGUCUGGGGCUGUUUUUCAUGGUCCGAGCUAGUUCCCUUUGUUCCUGUGAAGGGAAAUCUUAAUGCUACAGCAUACAAUGACAUUCUAGACAAUUCUGUGCUUCCAAUGUUGUGGCAACAGUUUGGGGAAGGCCCUUUCCUUUUUCAGCAAGUAAAUACCCCCGUGCACAAAGCGAGGUCCAUACAGAAAUUGUUUGUUGAGAUCGAUGUGGAAGAUCUUAACUGGCCUGCACAGAGCCCUGACCUCAACCCCAUCGAACACCUUUGGGAUGAAUUGGAAUGCAGACUGCGAGCCAGGCCUAAUUGCCCAACAUCAAUGCCCGACCACACUAAUGCUCUUGUGGCUGAAUGGAAGCAUGUCCCCGCAGCAAUGUUCCAACAUCUAGUGGAAAGCCUUCCCAGAAGAGUGGAGGCUGUUAUAGCAGCAAAGGGGGGACCAACUCCAUAUUAAUGCCCAUAAUUUUGGAAUGAUAUGUUCGAUGAGCAGGUGUCCACAUACUUUUGGUCAUGUACUGUAUGAGAUGGGAUUUGUUGCAUCCCAAAUGGCACCCUAUUUACUAGCAGCCUACACUACUUUAGACCAGAGCCCUAUAGGACCUGGGUGCCAUUUGGGAUUCAUUUGAUGUGUUAUUGUGUUGUCACUCUGUUCCAGGAUCAGUUUUGAUGAGGGGCGGCAGUGGACCAGACAUAGUUUCUCCUUGGUGCCUCUGUUCGUGGACGGGAUGCUGGUGGAGGCCGGGACAGAGAACCAGAUCAUGACGUGAGUAGGGACGAUGGAGGAAUGGAGGGAUGACAUAGUAGUGAUAAAUUAUCUAGAGAUGGGGGAUGAUGUUAUUUUGUCCUCGGUUCUUUUGGGACCCAGUUCCUUUUGGUGAGGAGGGAGCAGGGGUAGGAAGGAACAGUGAGGUUAUCUUACUUUGCUUUCUCAAGGUUUUUUGGACACUUCAGCCAUAGGUCAGAGUGGCAGAUUAUAAAGAUAGACUACAAGUCCAUCUUCAACAGAAAUGUACAGAAGGAGACUAUCAGACGUGGCACCUUCACAACAAGGUAAGACCUCUUCAACAGGAAGUUGGGUAGAGGUGAAAAUAUAUCUAUUAUGAUAAAAGCGCUGCAUGAAUCUAUACAUGCUAUUGUUAAAAAAGAGGAUAGUCUAAGUUUGGAGCAGUGCUAAAGUUGUCUAUCAACUGUACAAAUGUAGCUCAACAGAACCAGUUACCACUGAAGUAUCUGAUCAUCAAUGAAUGUGCCAUUUGUUGAUUAACACAGCAGUCCCAUAUCAUCACGUAGGCCUAUAUGCACUUGUAACUUUGUUUCAUUUGGGAAACUCUAAAUUUCUAUUUUAUUCCAUGAUAUUGUUGUUACAAAAUAGAUUUGUGUUGACUGUGAUUAGGGCAUGGGAAUAUAAGAGCAUCUGCUAGGCUAAAUUAACAAACUAGUCAUGCAUAGCUCACAGCAUGAUCCUCAAACCAAAGAAUGGCCAAACUCGUGUUUCCAUUUAAUGCUAAGAAAAAUACAAAUAAAAUAAAAAAUAUAUAUAUAUACAGUUGAAGUCGGAAAUUUACAUACACUUAGGUUGGAGUCAUUAAAACUCGUUUUUCAACCGCUCAACAAAUUUCUUGUUAACAAACUAUAGUUUUGGCAAGUCGGUUAGGACAUCUACUUUGUGCAUGACCCAAGUAAUUUUUCCAACAAUUGCUUACAGACAGAUUGUUUCACUUAUAAUUCACUGUAUCACAAUUCCAGUAGGUCAGAAGUGGUCUAAGGCACUGCAUCUCAGUGCUUGAGGCGUCACUACAGACCCCCUGGUUCGACUCCAGGCUGUAUCACAACCGACGGUGAUUGGGAGUCCAUUAGGGCGGCGCACAGUUGGCCCAGCAUCGUCCGGGUUUGGCCAGUGUAGGCCGUCAUUGUAAAUAAGAAUUUGUUCUUAACUGACUUGCCUAGUUAAAUAAAGGUAAAAUAAAACAAAAAAUAAAUAAAAAUAAACAUAAACAUUAAGUUGACUGUGCCUUUAAACAGCUUGGAAAAUUCCAGAAAAUGAUGUCAUGGCUUUAGAAGCUUCUGAUAGGCUAAUUGACAUCAUUUGAACUCUGAAGUUUACAUACACCUUAGCCAAAUGCAUUUAAACUCAGUUUUUCACAACAUUUUUCUGACAUUUAAUCCUAGUAAAAAUUCCCUGUCUUUGGUCAGUUAGGAUCACCACUUUAUUUUAAGAAUGUGAAAUGUCAGAAUAAUAGUAGAGAUAAUUAUUUAUUUCAACUUUUAUUUCUUUCAUCGCAUUCCCAGUGGGUCAGAAGUUUACAUACACUCAAUUAGUAUUUGGUAGCAUUGCCUUUAAAUUGUUUAACUUGGGUCAAACGUUUCGGGUAGCCUUCCACAAGCUUCCCACAAUAAGUUGGGUGAAUUUUGGCCCAUUCCUCCUGACAGAGCUGGUGUAACUGAGUCAGGUUUGUAGGCCUCCUUGCUCGCACACGCUUUUUCAGUUCUGCCUUUACAUUUUCUAUAGGAUUGAGGUCAGGGCAUUGCGAUGGCCACUCCAACACCUUGACUUUGUUGUCCUUAAGGCAUUUUGCCACAACUUUGGAAGUAUGCUUGGGGUCAUUGUCCCCAAGCUUUAUCUUCCUGAUUGAUGUCUUGAGAUGUUGCUUCAAUAUAUCCACAUCAUUUUCCUUCCUCAUGAUGCCAUCUAUUUUGUGAAGUGCACCAGUCCCUCCUGCAGCAAAGCACCCCCACAGCAUGAUGCUGCCACCCCCGUGCUUCACGGUUGGGAUGGUGUUCUUUGGCUUGUAAGAUCACCCUUUUUCCUCCAAACAUAACAAUGGUCAUUAUGGCCAAACAGUUCUAUUUUUGUUUCAUCAGACCAGAGGACAUUUCUCCAAAAAGUCCAAUCUUUGUCCCAUGUGCAGUUGCAAACCGUAGUCUGGCUUUUUUAUGGCAGUUUUGGAGCAGUGGCUUCUUCCUUGCUGAGCGGCCUUUCAGGUUAUGUCGAUAUAGGACUUGUUUUACUGUGGAUAUAGAUACUUUUGUACCUGUUUCCUCCAGCAUCUUCACAAGGUCCUUUGCUGUUGUUCUGGGAUUGAUUUGCACUUGUCGCACCAAAGUACGUCCAUCUCUAUGAGACAGAACUUGUCUCCUUCCUGAGCGGUAUGACGGCUGCGUGGUCCCAUGGUGUUUAUACUUGCGUACUAUUGUUUGUACAGAUGAACGUGGUACCUUCAGGCAUUUGGAAAUUGCUCCCAAGGACGAACCAGACUUGUGGAUUUCUUCUAUUUUUUUUCUGAGGUCUUGGCUGAUUUCUUUUGAUUUUCCCAUGAUGUCAAGCAAAGAGGCACUGAGUUUGAAGGUAGGCCUUGAAAUACAUCCACAGGUACACCUUCAAUUGACUCAAAUCCUUUUUUACCCGGCAUUUUACAGCUUGUUUCUAGCAUAAAGCGUUGCGGACUAACGUGUCAUUAUAGAUCACUUUAUAUAAUCAGGUCCGGAUAUAUUUCCCCCAAAACAACAAGUUAACAAGGGGGUAGGCCUAUGCUUUUAGCUAUUUUCUUUAACAAAAACCACAAUACCCUCACAUACCCCCUCUAUUCGAGCCCUGGUUUUAACUUAAUACAACAAGCCCUUCACUGACACUGAGAUAUAUAAGGAGUGUACGGUGACUGAAGGAAUUGGCUGACAAAGGCUAUGGAUAGUUGACUAUAAUUCCAUCUGUCAAACAGGUCUACCUCUUAUUUCUUGAAUAGGAAGAAAUAGGCUUCAACACAAAGCCCUAUUGUUGUUAGUAGAGUCAAAUUAAACUGCUGCUGCUUCAUGGUAAUGUAAGGUAUGUAAAUUACUAGAAUAUGGCUUCUUGUGAGGUCAAUAACUCUGAUAAAUAGCUUCAAUUAUAUCAGUAGCAAGCUCACCUCCAGUCCUCAUUUUCAUCUUUGCUCUCUCCCUCUCAAACUAAACAGGACAUCGGUAGGCCUAGUCUUCCAUUUCAAAACUCGGGAAGGAAGUACAUUUUCUUAGAAAUAUAACUUUGCCCUGUGCUUCUCCUAGCAUGCUCUUCAUGUAGCCUAGUCCUAUAACAUAUAGUUUAGGCUAUGGAUCAUUUUAUUGAGACCACACUAGGCACACUUGAUAUUGCGCGCACAGCAGAGAAUCAGGGAUGAGGGGCGUCAUCGGGCACACAUUGAGAUACUAUAAUAAGCAACUAAUUCUCAAACCCUGAGCAAUAUGACAUUUAAUCGAUUACAAAUUACUUGACCCUCCCCUGGUGUCACGCCCUGACUCAGAGGACGCUUAUAUGUUGAGUCAGGGUGUGUAUAUUCCUUGUUAUGAUUGUCUAUGUUGUAUUUUCUAUGUUUAGAUCUAGUAUGUCUAGAUCUAUGUUGGCCGGUGUGGUUCCCAAUCAGAGGCAGCUGUCGCUCGUUGUCUCUGAUUGGGGACCAUACUUAGGCAGCCUAUUGGCACUAGUGGGUUGUGGGAUCUUGUUCCGUGUGAGGUAUGUUGUUUGUGUACCUUGGACUUCACGUGUCGUUUAGUUUGUUGUUUUUGUCGUUGUUUAUUCGGUUCUAAUAAACAUGUAUGCAUAUCACGCUGCACCUUGGUCUGACCCGUCUAUGAACGAACGUGACAGAAGAUCCCACCAAACGAGGACCAAGCAGCGUGCCCAGGAGGAGCGAAUAGCCAUGACACAGGUGGGCAAAUUGUGGUCAUGGGAGGAUAUAUUUGCAGGGAAAGGGCCAUGGGUGAAGGUAGAUGCCCAGGCAGGAGAGGUGAAACGGAGACGGAGACACGAGAGGCAACCCCAAUAACAUUUUUGGGGGGGGGCACACGGGGUGGAUGGCGAGGCUACAGGAGGCUAAAAGGGAGAAGAAAAGUGUAGUGGCACGGCGAGAGGAGCUGGUUAGGCAGCAGAAGGAGCGGGGGUUAAUAAAGGAACCCAGUUCCGCUCCUCGCACCAAGAAAGUGGUGCGUGUCGCCAGUCCAGUCCGGCCCGUUCCCGCUCCCCGCACUAAGACAGUGGUGCGCGUCGCCAGCCCGGUCCGGCCUGUUCCUGUCCCUCGCACCAAGCCAGGGGUGCGCGUCGCCAGCCCGGCCCAGCCUGUUCCUGCCCCUCGCACCAAGCCAGUGGUGCGCGUCGCCAGCCCGGCCUGUUCCUGCCCCUCGCACCAAGCUAGUGGUGCAUGUCGCCAGCCCGGCCGGGCCUGUUCCUGACCCUCGCACCAAGCCAGUGGUGCGCGUCGCCAGCCCGGCCCGGCCUGUUCCUGCCCCUCGCACCAAGCCAGUGGUGCGCGUCGCCAGCCCGGUCCGGCCUGUUCCUGUCCCUCGCACCAAGUCAGUGGUGCGCGUCGCCAGCCCGGCCCGGCCUGUUCCUGCCCCUCGCACCAAGCCAGUGGUGCGCGUCGCCAGCCCGGCCCGGCCUGUUCCUGCCCCUCGCACUAAGCCAGUGGUGCGCGUCGCCAGCCCGGUCCGGCCUGUUCCUGUCCCUCGCACCAAGCCAGUGGUGCGCGUCACCAGCCCGGUCCGGCCUGUUCCUGUCCCUCGCACCAAGCCAGUGGUGCGCGUCGCCAGCCCGGUCCGCCUGUUCCUGACCCUCGCACCAACCCAGUGGUGCGCGUCGCCAGCCCGGUCCGGCCUGUUCCUGUCCCUCGCACCAAGCCAGGGGUGCGCGUCGCCAGCCCGGCCCAGCCUGUUCCUGCCCCUCGCACCAAGCCAGUGGUGCGCGUCGCCAGCCCGGUCCGCCUGUUCCUGACCCUCGCACCAACCCAGUGGUGCGCGUCGCCAGCCCGGUCCGGCCUGUUCCUGUCCCUCGCACCAAGCCAGUGGUGCGUGUCGCCAGCCCGGUCCGGCCUGUUCCUGCUCCUCGCACCAAGCCAGUGGUGCGUGUGUCCAGUCCGGCAUGGCCCGUACCUGUUCCACCGGUGCCUGGUUCGGCACCGGUCAGCUGCUCUACUCUGGAGCCAGAGCAGUCCGCUCCACCGGUGCCCAGUUCAGUUCCGGUCAGCUGCUCCACUCCGGAGCCAGAGCAAUCCGCUUCACCAGGGUCCAGUCCAGCUCCGGUCAGCGGCUCCACUCCGGAUCCAGAGCAGUCCGCUCCACCGGUGCCUGAUCCAGCUCCGGUCAGCGGCUCCACUCCGGAGCCAGAGCAGUCCGCUCCACCGGGGUCUAGUCCAGAUCCGGUCAGCGGCUCCACUCCGGAGCCAGAGCAGUCCACUCCACCGGUGCCUAGUCCAGCUCCGGUCAGCGGCUCCAGUCCGGAGCCUGAGCAUUCCGCUCCACCGGUCCAGCUCCGGUCAGCGGCUCCAGUCCAGACCCAGACGUCAGCCCCUCUCCAGGUUCGGGGUCUCCCACACCAGGGUCCAGACAGGGCUUGGAGUAUAGUGGGAGGAAGGAGAGGGGAAGCAACGCGCCGAGGUCUAGACCAGACCAGGGGCGCAACAGGGAGGCGAAGAGUGAGAGGUCGUCAAGCCCUGAGCCGGAUCCGCCUCCGAGGCGGAAUGCCCACCCGGAAUGCCCACCCGAUAUGCAAUCUGUUGGUCACAGAUACCUUAAAAAAAAAAUAUUUCACAAUGGGCCUCAGGAUCUCGUAUGUGCAUUUAAAUUGUUGUCGAUAAAAUGCAAUUGUGUUUGUUUUCCGUAGCUUAUGCCUGCCCAUACCAUAACCCCACAGCCACCAUGGGGCGCUCUGUUCACAACGUUGACAUCAGCAAACCGCUUGCCCACACGAUGCCAUACGCGUGGUCUGCGGUUGUGAGGCAGGUUGGACGUACUGCCAAAUUCUCGAAAACGAUGUUGGAGGUGGCUUAUGGUUGAGAAAUGAACAUUCAAUUAUUUGGCAACAGCUCCGGUGGACAUUCCUGAAGUCAUUAUGCCAAUUGCACGCUCUUUCAAAACUUGAGACAUCUGUGGCAUUGUGUUGUGUGACAAAACUGCACCUUUUAGUGGCUUUUUAUUGUCCACAUCACAAGGUGCACCUGUGUAAUCAUGCUGUUUAAUCAGCUUCUUGAUAUGCCACACCUGUCAGGUGAAUGGAUUAUGUUGACAAAGGAGAAAUGCUCACUAACAGGGAUGUAAACAAAUUUGUGCACAACAUUUGAGAGAAAUAAGCUUUUUGUGCAUAUGGAACAUUUUGGGAUCUUUUCAGCUCAUGAAACAUGGGACCAACACUUUACAUGUUGUGUUUAUAUUUUUGUUCAGUGUAUAUACAUUGAUAUAACACUUGAUAUAGUAUAUUAAUAAUAAUUCCCACGGGGGGCCAGUAUGAAAAAAUGUAUGCACUCACUAAAACUGUAAGUCACUCUGGAUAAGAUCGUCUGCUAAAUGACUAAAAUCUAAAAUCUAAAAUCUAAUAAUAAGUGAGGAGAGAUUAGUAUUAAUGUGUAACCAAAACUUCAUAGGAGUCUGCACGACUAUAAUGUACUAAACUGGACACAAUGCUUUUGUUUGACUUGCAUUACCAAAGCUGUGAUUCUGUGGUGCUGUAAUGUCCUUAACUGGACACUGUACCCUCAUUGGACUCACUUGGUCCCUUAUAACUAUUAUCCCGACCAACCAUAACAUCAUAACUUCACUUGACAGCCUGUCAAUAAAUUGGGGGAGGUUCCUAAUCACACUGAGGCCAGACCCGUCCAUAGGGAGUCCUAGAGGGACCUCAGGCUUCGUUGCUUCUUUGUUAGGUCUGGCUAGGUAAUUAAUUGAUUAAUCAAUGACAGCGUCAUUAUUAGAAUGGGCACUUGCCUAACCUGCUUUGCCCGAUGUAAAUCACUUUGUGAUUGGGAGGUAGCUAACGUCAACCUGUGUUGCCUGUGUUGACAUGGAGUCCCCCAGGGCUCAGUCUUCCUACCUCUGCUGAUCUGGAGCAUUUGUCAACUGCAGCCCAAUCAAUAUAUAAUAAUGAUGCGUUGCAAUGCAAAAAUAUUGCUAUUAUAUGUAUUGUGCUGAGGGAAUAGGAAAGAGAAGCUGUAACAUAUAACACAGUAAUACUGUAUGUCCUUUGGAUCAAAAUAAUAUCAAAUUGUAUUAAUCACAUGCUUCGUUGUCACGAUCGUUGAGAGACGGGUCAGACCAAGGUGCAGCGUGAAAAGCAUACAAGUUUAUUUAACCCAAUAAACAUAAACAAAACAAGACACAACGUAACGUGAAGUCCUCAGGCUAUACACAUACAAGCCUAACACGGAACAAGAUCCCACAACUAAGGUAGGCAAACAGGCUACUUAAGUAUGAUACCCAAUCAGAGACAACGAGCGACAGCUGUCUCUGAUUGGGAAUCACACCCGGCCAAACAUAGAAACACCACAUCUAGAUCCUAAACAUAGAAAUUCUAACAGAGUUUCACACCCUGACCAAACUACCUAGAGAAUAACAGUCUCUCCAGGUCAGGGCGUGACAUUCGUAAACAGCAAAUGUAGACUAACAGUGAAAUGAUUACUUACGGGCCAUUUCCAACAAUGCAGAGACAAAAAUGUAGAAAAAUAAUAAUAAAUACACAAUGAGUAACGAUAACUUACAAUGGCUAUAUACAAUGGGUACCAGUACCGAGUUGAUGUGCAGGGUAUGAGGUAAUUGAAGUUGAUAUGUGCAAAUAGAGUAGCUAGAGGCAAAGUGUUGAUAUUGAUCACAUUCUGUAUGUGAUCUGUUAUAGUGAUUAUGGCUUUGAACGGCGUAGAGAAGAGAACUGUCUACCAGCGUUCUGGUUCAACCCAUCUGUUGUAUCAAGGAGCUGCAGCCAAGGACAGAACUACCUCAACAGCACAGGGUGAGUUGCACAUAGGGACACUAUUUUGUAUCGUUGCUAUGUUGUCUAUUCUAAGUGAAGGCAACCCUUCUGUAUAUUUCUGCUCAACGAAAGGUAAAAUCUUUUUCUGUGUUUUUAGAAUGUUUUCCAUUUCAUUUUGUAAAGCAUAAUGUUGGUCAUAAUAUGGUCCAUGAUAAAAAGCCUGAAUAGGUAUCAAACAUUCCAAAAGAGAACUACAAAAACACAUUAAAGCUUACAGUAGCUACAGUAUCUCUCUGUAUAGGUUGGCCAAUGCUUCAUCAUCUUCCCAUCUUCCCACUGUAAUGAAACACUGUCAGGGUGUCACACCCACUGGUACGGCUCCUAGUGUGAAUAGUGAUAUUGGCUAUUUAGGCCUGAGUCAUUCACCAGACAGUAGAUCUAUACUGAGUGACAUAGUGUACUGCUGAGAGCUACAAAGCACUGUCAGGAGUCCUAGGACACAGAUUAGGACGCCUCAGGAUGUCUGAGGUCUGAGGAGAACGGUACAUCUUUCAUUUAUUAAUUUGCAUCCCUAAGGUUAAAAGUCAAGUGUUGUCUAGGAGUUAGUAAGCAUUUUGGAGUUUUGUCAAUGUGACCGACAACUACUGUACGUCUUGUGUCAAACAUGAACUUUCAGUGUUAAACGUAAUGUUUUGUUUAGUAGUUACUAAGCAUGUUUUAAUUUAGUCAAAGAAUAGCAAGUCUUGUUCACUAGCUCUGUCACUUCCACAAUCACUUUGAGGUAAAAAAUUAAAAAUAUGCAAUUUCUUGUCAGCUUCAUUGAUGAACGUGACCAAUACCUUAGCCUUGUUAACAAGUAGCGUCAUUAAGCCAUAACCUCAGUAAACCACACUAAACAUGUCCUAACUCAUUCAUAUGGAAUCUUUCUAAGGUACCGAAAAAUUGUGUCCAACAACUGCAUCAAGGGAGUCAAGGACAUGUACACACCCAGGAAGCAGAUGUGUCCCAACAGGACUCCAAAAGGCCUUUCUCUCUCCACCAGAGAGGGCAAGCUUACCGCCGACCUGGGAACCAACGUCACCUUCCUGGUGCAUCUAGAUGAGGUAGGGCUUGGCCAAAAGCCAAAAUGGCCUCCUUUUUGUAUAUCAUUGUUCUGGGCCUAGGAGCCCAAAUGGAUGCCGUUGUAUACAUUACUGUUAUGAGUUGCAUUGAUUUUUACCUUAAGCCAUGGAAUGAAAAAUCGAUGUGUUUUGUAUUGUUAUGCAUGGUUGUAAAAGUAAUACUAGCAUGUGGUGCACAACUCACUCAAUGUAGACCUAUGUUACUGAGUGAAAUAUUUGAUGUGUUUCCCAUAUGUUCAACAUGGAUGUUUCUCCAGGCAUACACCUGAAAUUAUUUCCCUGUUAUGUCAUCCCAUAUACACCAACUGCUGAAAGUUUAGUAGUAACUUGUAACAUAACAUCACCCACACACAGCUACAGGCCCCAAGCUCCGAGCCCAGAGACAGAGUAAGAGCUAAAGACCUUGGAGAGAGAUGCACCCUGGAGACCCUGUUAUAGAGUGAUAGACACAGAGUAGCCUCCUUCUAGGGCCAGGACCUUACCUUGCUCCCCUCACUCCCUAGGCACUUUUAAACCACAUCACAUUAAAUUCAGGUGGAAUAAGUGUGGUAGCGCUCUGCUCUGUGCGGUUGUGCUUUCCACCUGCGCUGCAGCUGAGAAGUAAGUGUCUCUCCCACGAGGUCUCUCCCGGGACAAGCUGUCAUAUUACAGUGUGAUGAGUUGAGGAGACUAAUGGAGGUGAGGAAUCCUCAUGGCGUUGGGUCUUAUGCAUUUGGAAAAUCCUUCGCUCCCGUUGAAUUCAGACUUUAAUUUAUAUUCAUGAAGCCCAAGAUGGCAGUAUUUCUUGGGGAGAGCAAAUGGGCCUAAAUAUUUAAUAUGUUCAGAAAACGUAAAAAAAGGAGAGAGAGAGGUGGAAGAAACUUAGAUGUUUUGAGAGAGGGAUAGGAUCUGUAGUGUCACACGUCAAGAUUUCAUUAUCACAAAGUGACCUUAUAGCAUGUUAUGUGUACACCAACCAGAUUUACUGUACAUUAGCUACCUUAUAGCAUGUCAUGUCUACACCAACCAGAUUUACUGUACAUUAGCUACCUUAUAGCAUGUCAUGUGUACACCAACCAGAUUUACUGUAAAUUAGCUACCUUAUAGCAUAUAAUGUGUACACCAACCAUAUUUACUGUACAUUAGCUACUUUAUAGCAUGUCAUGUGUACACCAACCAGAACCAAUGGAAAAGUCCUAAAUAUGCAAAUCCGUCCAUCUAGCUCUCCAGGCAGGCUCAAUCAAACGCUCAAAGCAUUUGAAAGAAAGCAAAAACUAUUUGAACCCAGGUAUGACACACCGUCAGCAUGACAGCACUGACAUCACACUGUUUACAACAUCCUUAGUGUGUUGACAUUCACCUGAACAAGAGUCCUGUAAACAGUCCUGCUGUGUCUGGAUCUGAACUAACAAAACCCCUUAUUGUCAACCAGCACUGCUGUCCAGACCCUAUUAUGCGUUUCGGAUUUGGUGGCCCUCUGAGUCACACACAGAGCCACGGACACAAAGCGUGACAUUAAGCCAGCAUGCCAGCAUCAGUCUCAUGCAGGUUAGCUAGUGAUCCCAGGACACCUCUAUAGAGAACUAGAAAUGUCCAGAGAGUGUCAACAACGGACACCAACAAAAGCCUGAAUGACAUCGACGCCACUGUAGACCUAAGUGCCAUUCCGAGUGCCAUUUUUUGGCAAAAGGAUUGUGGGGCCAUUACCAGUUUCCACACAACUAGCCCCACUCUUAUCCCUUUUCUUCCAUUAUUUCUAUCUACCUUUCUUUAUUAGGCUUAUUACAUAGUUUAUACCAUUUUAUGGGUACAACUGGCGUGGAAAUUUACCCCCAGAUUCCUUCCCCCCACACAGCCAACCCUAACGGGGUUUUUCCACACUCUGCGGCUCUGGAAAAGAAGCAAAACAGAUAUUAUAGAUUAUAUAUAUUAUGAUAUAGAGGAGAGAGUAGAGAGUUGAGAGAUAGAGAGAGCUCAGAGCAGCCUCGAUAGCUAGCUAGAGAGAGCGAUAGAGUAGAGAGGGCCGGAAGGGGGGGGGGGUUUUCCCGGGGGCCCCCCAAACUUGGGGUUUUAAGGGGGGGGGUUUUCGUAAGGGAACCGGGUUAAACCCCCCGAAUGCUCAAAAUUUUUUGGGCCCACUCCCCCCCCGGGGAAGGGGUUUUAAAAGCAAAAAAAUGCUCUCCCCGGGGCCGAAAUAAAGCUCCCUUUUUCCUUCUACCCUUUUAAAAACCCACAGUUUUUACUAGUGACCCCCCACCCCCCCCACCCACUCCCGUGGUUUUCUUCCUUUAACCAAUUAAAAGCACCACCAAAGGGUGGACUAAAAAAACAAAAACCCCCGGGCCAGAAUCCCUGGGUUUUUUAAGUCAGACCAAAAACCAAUUGUGGUCCAACAAGUUUUGGUUUUAAAAAAAGAAAAGUGCCCCCUUUUUCCUUUAUCUGAGGAGAGAGAGAUAAUUAUGGGUUUUCCAUUUGCUAUUGUUGUGUUUGUUGCUGGAACGGAGCCCCCUCGUGCGAAUGCAGUGUAACAAAUAAAGAUCCCAAUUGCAUUGCAUUACAAUGUGCCACGGGGAGGCUGGGAGUUAGUUGUGCUUGCUCUCAGGGUACGGGCCGGAUAAGUGGGAGGGUUUGGUCGCAGCGGCAGCUGGAGCCACCAACAACACUUGUGGUGUUUGUAUAUGUGUGUGUGUGUGUUGACUGUUGAUCCUAGGGAAGUGCCAGAUGUAACCACCCUGAGUAGACCUGCUGCAGAUACUGUAGUGGCAGAGCACUCCUACACAAACACACACAGAGAGAGAGAGAGUAGUAGCAGUAACAGGCAAACACGCUGCUCUCACGGUCGGCCAGAAUAUGAUGCAUCCCAAAUGUUUCGGCUGGUUCUGACUUCUUGUGUCUGUGUGUGAAUGUAACCCAGCAGUCUGUUGACUAGUGUACCUGCCACCCUACUGUCUCUUGAUUACUACACUGCCUCAACCUCCCUGUGGUUCUCUCUCUCCAUCACACACACAUAUACACACGCACACACAACAGUGACACGUACGUGCACAUAAACACACACACACACACACACCACAGGAGCCAGACACUCCCAGUGGUGUUAUGUAACAUGUCAGACUCAGGAUGCAUGCUAAUGUAGAUGUGUCACAACACCAGCUUUUGGACUUUUGACAAAAACAAAGAAUGAUGCCCUGCCUGUGUCCAUUGAUAUUGACAAUGAUAUGUAUUUAAGUCUAGAAUAAACACAAGUACAAGCAUCUGGCUGGGCUCUCAAAUACAAUGGACUUGUGUGUUUUUAAAUAAUAAUGAUGUUUGGGACUCUUUCUUUCUUUCUUCAUCUGUAGUCCUUAGGUGAGACUUUACUUGCUUUCCAGGGUGACUCAAUGAGAACCAACAUCCAACUGGAUUUCGGAGAUGGCACGGCAGUCUCCUACUCCAACCUGAGCUGGAUCGAAGAGGGGAUCAGACACGUUUACAAGACGGCUGGGAUAUUCCGUGUCUCGGCCUUGGAGGAGAACACCCUGGGAUUUUAUACCACCACCUUGUACCUCCAUGUUACAUGUACGUCACCUCUAUACAUUCAGCUAUUGUGUCAGGGCUAUUCAAUUCCCGCCAUCGAGGACUGAAGUACUUCUGGUUUUACUUCUGAUAAUUGGUCAGUUACUGUGACGUCGGCCAUUGAUUGGCCAGAGUAGUCGCUCACCUGGUGACCCAGGUCUGGAUCAGUCUCUGAUUGGAGGGAAAGGAUGGAAAACAACAGUGAUGUGGUUCUCAAGGAUCAUAAUUGAAUAUAUCUGCCUCAUAUUUCUCUGUAAAUAACCACCUUACUAAGUAUAGAGCAGUGUACAAUGGAGCCAGUUAUAGGCAAGUACCAGAAUGCUUUGCACAUAGUACAGCACAAUGAUGCUGUCUUGCACUUAUCAUCUUGUAAUGAACAAACCAAAUGUCAAGUAAAUAAUAGUGACAAAUAUAACAUGCUUAUGUCUAAAAGGCUCAAGAAUUAUCCAGCUCUUUGCGGUGCAGUGUUUGAAUUGCACCCCUCAUCUCUUGAUUUGAUCAAGAGACGAGGGGGUUUGAACAAGAGACGUGAAGGUGCCAUUUAAAUGUUGUCUCUGGUCGCCACGAUACUUUCAAUCAGUGUACUUUGAUAUUUCUGAUGGCAUUGAUUCUGCUGGUGUUUUUUUCUCCAUGGUUUGGUACAUUUUGAGGUAAUUCACAGGGGAGAGAGCGUGCAGGCGAUGCUUUUAGCAAUGUGCCAAGCACGAUGCCGCCACAGAUUUCCAAUUGGAAUAUUUUUAACACCAAACACAGUUUAGGGAGCCUGUCCAAAUGACUCACAUCACUCAUGCGCCUGCACACACACACUCAACACACAUGCACAUACACAUACACAUAGACACAGGCUUAGAAGGGACACACACACAGAUACACACGCUUUCUCUCUCUGUCACACACAUCACACACACACAAACACACACAAACAUACACACACACACACAGACACACACAUACACUGCAUGCGUUUGAAAGCUAGGAUAAGGAUAAAGAUUAGUCUCAGUUAAAGAGGAUAAGAGUUAACAGAAGCCCAGGCGGAGACGUACACGCUAGAGCGCAGAGUCACAACAGAGUUUUACUGUUAAAAUACCGUGUAAUAUCUCUCCGCUAUAGGAAACUUCACCGCUUAGAUGACGGUAAUGCCACGUUACCCACGUCAGCUUCCAUUACGGUCUCAGCAUGGGAGACCACAAUAUUAAUCACAAGGUAUCAUGACAAAAACAUGACAACGCCAAUGUGUUUUAAGUCUAGAAUAAAUCUUGUUCUUCAAGUAAAUUCCAUCAAAACUAUAAAACAUUAUGACAGUUAUUGAGUAAGAUUUCAUUCAACUUCCCUUUUCAGCUAAAGUAGUCUUAUUGAAAAGAAGACCCACACACUACCCCAGUGAUAAUGAUAAGUUAUACUGGCAAGCGCAGUGUGAGGGAUUUUCUUUUCUCUAAUUCUUAAUUCUCUAUUUAUUUUUUCCCACGCCCCUCUAAAAAUAAUAUUUUGAUGUGCGAGUGCUUUUCAUAUUGUAAAGUAGGUAGUCUGAAAAAAUAUCCAUGUAAUUACAAUCAUAUACUGAGUCUGAAUCAUUCAAUACUGAGUCUGAAUCAUCCAGUACUGGGUCUGAAUCAUCCAAUACUGAGUCUGAAUCAUCCCAUAUGGAGUCUGAAUCAUCCCAUAUGGAGUCUAAAUCAUCCAAUAAAGAGUCUGAAUCAUCCAAUACUGAGUCUGAAUCAUCCAAUACUGAGUCUGAAUCAUCCAAUACUGAGUCUGAAUCAUCCAAUGCUGAGUCUAAAUCAUCCAGAGCUGAGUUUGAAUCAUCCUCUGUGUUUGUAUCAGGUGCUGUGGAACAUGUCCAGCUGCUGGCUCAAUUUGUGGUCAUCAAGAACAAGGAAGUAAACCUAACAGCAGUGGUCUGGCCAAUCCACUCCAGGACCCUCAGCUACUUCUGGUGGCUUGGGAACAGCACUGAGGUAAACUGGACUUAAAACACUUGGUGUACAGAGAAGAGGGCCUAGAACCGAGCCCUGUGGGACUCCAGUAGUGAGACCACAUUGUGCAAACAGAUCCUCUUCUGAUGUUGUGUAUAGUAUACAGUAUACUGUAUGUGCGGUACCAACUGUACAACAUUAGUAGAGGUAAACUGACACUAUUCAAAAAGGGUCUUACCCUAUAAUGCCAUAUACUGUACAUGUACUGCAGCUGUGGCUGGUGUCACUUUAACUAAAUCGGAGGACGGGAUUAUUGUAAUGGCUGGAACGGAAUAAAUGGAAAAGCAUUUUACACAUCAAAGACAUGGUUUCCAUUCCAGUUCCAUUCCACUUCAGCCAUUACUAUGAGCCGUCCUCCCUUCACUAGACUCCACUGAUGUUAUAUGAGGUAUACAAAAUGUCUAUGUUUUUAGGUACAUUGACCUCUUCUAUGAUCGAAGGUGGCUGUGAUAGUGACGGAGCAGUCUCUGAUCUUGUAUGUUAUAAGUUAUUACCUUAGCUGCAUUGGUUCUCGGUCUUAUGGGGAGGAUGUUUUUUGUAGGGUUUUACUAAAGUCAGAAUUUUGACUACUCUAACUACUCAAGUCAAAAGUUCUGUCUACGCUAAGUGAGAAGUUCAAGGAGAAGUUGUUAUCAUCUGAAAUGGGUUUCUUUCAUGUUCCGGGGUUUUAGGUGAAGGGAUUAUGACCGGAUCAAAGUGUGAUCAUCCAUUUUGUCCAUGUUCCCUCUUCCUCCAGCCGGUAAUCAGCUUAGACGGCAGCAUCUCGUACACCUUCACCAGCGAGGGAAUGAACACUGUUACUGUCCAAGUGUUUUCAGCCAACACCAUUGUGCAAGACACCAAGAUGAUAGCAGACCAAGGUAAGGAUCAGUAUUCUCUCUCUCUCUCUCUCUCUCUCUCUCUCUCUCUCUCUCUCUCUCUCUCUCUCUCUCUCUCUCUCUCUCUCUCUCUCUCUCUCGGAUCUCCCUAAUCAAAUAAUUAUACUUGAUGUAAUGCUAAUUUGCACAUCUAGCAGCCAUCUCACUUGGUAUGCAACGUUUGAGGGUACUUUACAUUUGAAUAUGUCAGGAUAAAUGCGAAGAGGACGCUUCCCCAAUUAUCUAAGAAAGCACUUGUACGAGCAAUCAUCUCCCUUUGUCAAACCAUGAACACACACACGCAUACGGACACACUCACACACACCAACAUCUCUGUCAGCUUUCCCACCCAUCAGAAGACAGUUAGAGGAGGGACACAACUAGAACAAAUGACAGUGGGGAAUGAGGAGGAUACUUUGAGAAAAAUGCACCUAGAUCAGGAGCUGAAUUAACGGUCUGUUUCUGGAGCCAAUGGAGCCAGUUAUUCACCAUCUCCACAGUGGAUAUGACAUGAGAGGCGACUCAGACGAGCUAGGCUGAGAGCCAGUGGAGGGAGCUACUGUGAUAGAGGUCAGGGUGAGGCUUUGUGACGGAUUGCACUUUGUCACCUGGGAGCAACAUACGCUGUAUUCGGAAAGUAUUCAGGCCCCUUGACAUUUCCACAUUUUGUUACGUUACAGCCUCAUUCUAAAAUGGAUUGAAUCAAUUUUUUCCUCAUCAAUCUACACACAAUAGCCCAAAAUGAUGAAGCAAAAAUAAGUUUUUAGAACUUUUUGCAAAUGUAUUAAAAAUAAAAAAACAUAAAUAUCACAUAUACAUAAGUAUUCAGACCCAUUGCUAUGAGACUCGAAAUAUAGCUGUUUCCAUUGAUCAUCCUUGAGCUGUUUCUACAACUUGAUUGGAGUCCACCUGUGGUAAAUUAAAUUGAUUGGACAUUAUUUUGAAAGGCACACACCUGUCUAUAUAAGGUCCCACAGUUGACAGUGCAUGUCAGAGCAAAAAUAACAAGCCAUGAGGUCAAAGGAAUUGUCCGUAGAGCUCCGAUACAGGAUUGUGUCGAGGCACAGAUCUGGGGAAGGGUACCAAAAAAUGUCUGCAGAAAUGAAGGUCCCCAACAACACAGUGGCCUCCAUCAUUCUUAAACAGAAGAAGUUUGAAACCACCAAGACUCUUCCUAUAGCUGGCCGCCCGGCCAAACUGAGCAAUCGGUGGAGAAAGGCCUUGGUCAGGGAGGUGACCAAGAACCCGAUGGUCACUCUGACAGAGCUCCAGAGUUCCUCUAUGGAGAUAGGAGAACCUUCCAGAAGGACAACCAUCUCUGCAGCACCACCAAUCAGGCCUUUAUGGUAGAGUGGCCAGACGGAAUCCACUCUUAAGUAAAAGGCACUUGACAGCCCGCUUGGAGUUUGACAAAAGGCACCGAAAGGACUCUCAGACAAUGAGAAACAAGAUUAUCUGGUCUGAUCAAACCAAGAUUGAACUCUUUGGCCUGAAUGCCAAGCGUCAAGUCUGGCGAAAACCUGGCACCAUACCUACGGUGAAGCAUGGUGGUGGCAGCAUCAUGCUGUGGGGAUGUUUUUAGCACCAGCCAAUUGAAUUGUGUUGAACUGAGGGGCACACUCAGUUAUAGAAAGUCAUAGCUCUAGCUUGAGUUAUUAAUUGCUAGCCUCAAUAGAGUGUUACAGCACCUCUUUUCAUUCUGAAAGUUUUGUUAUACAACCUUUUAAUACCUAAAGUAAAUACAUUCAACGGUAUAUGGGUUUCAGGUCUCUAUUGAGUUUAUGAACACUAGUUAAUCUCCUCCAUAUUCUGUUUAAUGCUAUCAAACCAUCCCUCCUUUCACUCUUUCACUCUUUCUCUGAAAGGAAAUCAUAGUAAGACCUAUUCAUCCAUGUACUGCUAGAGUUGGUUCAUAGCCUAGAUAUUGUGCAAUAACCGCCAUACAAAGUGUUAUUACAUUUAUUUCUUCAUUUCUUUUUAUCUUGCUGCGGUUCGUGUUCAGUUCAUCAUGUGUCAAAGUAAACAUCUCCCCUCAAUAAAGUGAAGAUGAUUAGAAGGAAAAGGGGCAGCAACAUCGCAUUUAAAGUCAGGGUCCAUUAAGCUGCAGUGUUGCUGUACUACAGUACAGCUCUAUGGCUGACAAUAGUGAGAGCCAGGCAGGGCUGCACUUUUGCUCCUCAGCUGAUUCCAACCCACCACCUCAUAAAGGUUUGAAUGGGGAGUUCAGUAAUAGAGGCUAUUUGAAGUUAUUUUCAGAAGUCAUUCCAUCUUCGGUUUCUCCGGCUUCUUCUUUACUCCCCUUGCGGUACAUGGAAGAUGGCAGAAGACUCCCUCUCAGGUUCAAAUCAAUCAUUUACAUUUUAGUCAUUUAGCAGACGCUCUUAUCCAGAGCGACUUACAGUUAGUGAACACUUUUUUUUUUUAUACUGGCCCCCCGUGGGAAACGAACCCACAACCCUGGCGUUGCAAACACCAUGCUCUAUCAACUGAGCUACAUCCCUGCCGGCCAUUCCCUCCCCUACCCUGGACAACGCUGGGCCAAUUGUGCGCCGCCCCAUGGGUCUCCCGGUCGCGGCCGGCUGCAACAGAGCCUGGAUUCGAACCAGGAUCUCUAGUGGUACAGUUUGCACUGCGAUGCAGUGCCUUAGACCACUGCGCCACUCAGGAGUUUCAAUCAAUCACAUUUUAUUUAUAAAGCCCUAUUUACAUCAGCAGAUGUCACAAAGUGCUAUACAGAACCCCAGCCUAAAACCCCAAACAGCAAGCAAUGCAGAUCUAGAAGGACGGUAGCUCGGAAAAACUAGACAGUGACUGUCGGAAGCCCCCCGCUGGUUUCACCGCCACCUGUUAAUGCACCUCUCAGUGUGGUGCAAGAGGUUAACAUGUCAUCUUUUUUCCCCAAGAGAGUGCACUGCUUCUGGGCCUCCCUUUCAUGCUCUCGCCCCACCUUUCCUUUCCUGGGUAAUGACUGUACUUCACAUCAGAGAAUAAAAUGAUAGUUAUAGGUAAAUCAUCAUAACCUAGUAUUGUCAUAGUUCAUAGUUACGGUCAAGUUCACGAUGAAUGAAAAACAGAAUCCACAUCAUGGUGUGUUUACAACAGUAAUUAGUAACUGACCACUUUUUAUUUAGCUUUGCAUACAGUAAGAUUGUGAGGAAGCCGCUCCAAAAGCUUUUGCUGUUCAAAUAUUAAAGUGUCAAGAUAAAGCCCGGUAGACGUGUUUUUUCAGCCACAUUUGAGCUUGGCCAAAAUUCCCUCCUAAAAGCUCACUCAUCUGACUCAGUCUGACUCACCUUCUCCCCUCCCUUAACCCAGAUCAGAUGUUUCACUCCAGCCAAUGAGUUUGGGGGACAUAAAAUGCCAGUGCUACCCAAGCACACAGAGCCAGAAGGCUUUUUAGACUAAUGAGUGAUCGCAAAGAGAUCAAACCGGCCUGAGUGUAUUGAUUUUUACAGGGGCUAUUGCAUCCUAUCCCCUUCCCUAUCCCUCUCCUUUCCUUCUAUGCCUAUUUACUCUCAUUGUGAGUCAUUCCUUUGCUCUCUAUUUGUCCACUAUUUUGCUACUCAAAUACAGAUUUUUAUGCUUGAUAAUUAAUGUGCUUUAAGUGUAUGUGACUCACCGACUACACCACUCCAUUGUCUGCCGAUAGCACCAUAGAGAACCCAUUAAAACAUGAAUGGCUUUUAAAAUGGGCACUGAUUACCGGUUGGAACCCCCUGCCUCAUAGGUGGUCUGAAGUGGAAAAAGGCCAUUAUAAAGAAAAUAACAUUUAAUGGUAGCUAUUUUGAAGGCCUGGAAAAACUGUUGGUUGGCAAGACCUACUUUUCCUAUCAAGAAAUAAAUACACUUUCGUAAAAAACAUGGCGGUUGAGAUAAGAAUGUCCUAUUAAUGUUGGAUUAUCAUCUAUUGGUUUGGUGACAUAUUGUAUCAUUUUUUACCUGUAGGUUGUACUGGGUUAUCAACACAUGUUGGUCAAGCCCAAAACUAUUUCGUUGUCACCUCCCUCUCCUUUGAUUUCAAACAUGUUAAAUAUGCAUAUACUCUAAAAGCAUUGUUUUUGACUGUAGACAAAGAAUACUAUACAAGUAUGAACAUAUUGUAACAGUACUGUCCAUUGUCAACAGGUGUCAGACUUUCCAGAGGAUCAGCUAUUGGUUGCAGUGUUUCCAGGUGUGCCAACGGCCGCUGAGCUCUUCCUGUUACCACACAAGAACCAAUCAGAGGGCAGGAAAAAGAGCGAAGAGGAGCUAAAGCAGGUAUGGGACAGUUAGAUUGGACGCUGACAUUUUGAGUGUCAUUGUAAUUCUGUCAUGGCAUAUAUGACUAAUUGUUUCCAAUCCUUCACACCAAUUCACCCAAUAGGAUAAUUACAUUGUCAUGGCUAAAAUGACACACAUUCAUUCUACGCGCCCGAGUCUGACAAUUGAGAUAACUGAACCAAUGUGGUGGGUGUCAUGACAAGAUGGCAAAUAUUAUUUAAAUAUGCAGUGUGUGAAUUGAAAGAGCUGUAAAUGGUGACAAUUGUUUAACUAAAUUAUGCUUCUUUCAUCUCCUUCAACAGAUCUCUGAGAUACUUGCCUGCGCUCUGGACCAGAAUCUGGUGGAGUUUGAGCUAAAGCCAGGAGAAAGAGUAAUCGUUUACAUCACACAGCUAACUUGGGUAUGGAAAAAAGUUAGUAUCAAGAUAAUUACAUAAAUUAACUGUAUGUACUUGCAUGAGAAAUCAUAAUUUUCUCUACAUAUUCUGCCUUUUUUUAGCUGUGUUUGUUUCUUUUUGUGAUGUCUGUCACGCCCUGGCUCUGGGGACUCUGAAAUGUUGAGCCAGGGUGUGUAGUUUCUGUGUUAUAUUUUCUAUGUUGAUGUUCUAGAUCGUUUAGAUCUAUGUUGGCCAGGGUGGUUCCCAAUCAGAGGCAGCUGUAUCUCGUUGUCUCUGAUUGGGGUCCAUACUUAGGCAGCCUGUUUGGCACUAGUCGGUGUGGGAUCUUGUUCCGUUAAGGUUUGUUUUGUGUAACCUAGGACUUCACGUUUCGUUUGUUUGUUGUUUUGUCGUGAGUUAAGUACUUAAUAAAAUGUACGCUUAUCACGCUGCGCCUUGGUCCGUAUCUUCCAUAAACGAUCGUGACAGAAGAUCCCACCAACAGAGGACCAAGCAGUGUGCCCAGGAGGAGAAGAUAGCGAUGUCUCAGGUGGGCAAAUGGUGGUCAUGGGAGGAGAUAUUCACGGGGAAAGGGCCAUGGGUAAAGGUAAAUGCCCAGGCAGGAGAGGAGAAACGGCGCCAACCGUGCUGACGACAGACACGCGAGAGGCAACCCCAAGACAUUUUUUUGGGGGGGGGCACACGGCGUGGACGACGGGGCAGCAGGAGGCAGCUACAGGGCGAAUCUGCAGACUAGGAGAGGAGGCCACCAGGUUACGGGGGCUAUUGGUCCAGAGGGAGCAGGAGUUAAUUGGUCAGAGGGAGGAGCUACAAGAGGCGUUAAGGGAGAGGGAGAGUGUAGAGGCACGGCGAGAGGAACUGGUUAGGCAGCAGAAGGAGCGGAGGUUUAUAAGGAAACCCAGUCCCGCUCCUCGCACCAAGCAAGUGGUGUGUGUCACCAGUCCGGUCCGGCCCGUUCCUGAUCCCCGCACUAAGUUAGUGGUGCGUGUUCCCAGUAAGGCCCGACCCAUUCCUGCUCCUCGCACUAAGCCAGUGGUGCGUGUUCCCAGUCCGGCCCGGCCCGUUCCUGCUCCCCGCACCAAGCCGGUGGUGCGUGUUCCCAGUCCGGUCCGGCCCGUUCCUGCUCCCCGCACCAAACCAGUGGUGCGUAUUCCCAGUCCAGCCCGGCCCGUUCCUGCCCCUCGCACCAAGCCAGUGGUGCGCGUCGCCAGCCCGGUCCGACCUGUUCCUGCUCCCCGCACCAAGCCAGUGGUGCGCGUCGUCAGCCCGGUCCGGCCCAUCCUGCUCCCCGCACCAAGCCAGUGGUGCGUAUUCCCAGUCCAGACCGGCCCGUUCCUGCCCCUCGCACCAAGCCAGUGGUGCGCAUCGCCAGCCCGGUCCGGCCUGUUCCUGCCCCUCGCACCAAGCCAGUGGUGCGCGUCGCCAGCCCGGUCCGGCCUGUUCCUGCCCCUCGCACCAAGCCAGUGGUGCGCGUCGCCAGCCCAGUCCGGCCUGUUCCUGCUCCCUGCACCAAGCCAGUGGUGCGCGUCGUCAGCCCGGUCCGGCCCGUUCUUGCUCCCCGCACCAAGCCAGUGGUGCGCGUCGCCAGCCCGGUCUGUUCCUGCCCCUCGCACCAAGCCAGUGGUGCGCGUCGCCAGCCCGGUCCGGCCUGUUCCUGCCCCUCGCACCAAGCCAGUGGAGCGCGUCGCCAGCCCGGUCCGGCCUGUUCCUGCUCCCCGCACCAAGCCAGUGGUGCGCGUCGUCAGCCCGGUCCGGCCCGUUCCUGCUCCCCGCACCAAGCCAGUGGUGCGCGUCGUCAGCCCGGUCCGGCCCGUUCCUGCUCCCCGCACCAAGCCAGUGGUGCGCGUCGUCAGCCCAGUCCGGCCCGUUCCUGCUCCCCGCACCAAGCCAGUGUUGCGUGUGUCCAGUCCGGCACGGCCCGUGCCUGUUCCACCGGUGCCUGGUCCGGCACCGGUCAGCUGCUCCACUCCGGAGCAAGAGCAAUCCGCUCCACCGGGGUCCGCUCCAAUUCCAGUCAGCGGAUCCACUCCGGAGCCAGAGCAAUCCGCUCCACCGGUGUCCAGUCCAGCUCCGGCCAGCGGCUCCAGUCCGGAGCCUGUACGGUUUGAUCCACCGUCGUCGGGUCCAGCUCCAGUCAGCGGUGCCAGACCAGAUCAGGGGCGCAACGGGGAGGUGGAGAGAAAGUGGUGGUCACGCCCGGAGCCGGAUCCGCCUCCGAGGCGGAAUGCCCACCCGGCCCCUACCCUGUUGUGUUUGUGUGGCGCGGUCGCAGUCCGCGCCUUUUGGGGGGGGGGGGGGGGGGGGGGGGGUACUGUCACGCCCUGGCUCUGGGGACUCUGAAAUGUUGAGCCAGGGUGUGUAGUUUCUGUGUUAUAUUUUCUAUGUUGAUGUUCUAGAUCGUUUAGAUCUAUGUUGGCCAGGGUGGUUCCCAAUCAGAGGCAGCUGUAUCUCGUUGUCUCUGAUUGGGGUCCAUACUUAGGCAGCCUGUUUGGCACUAGUCGGUGUGGGAUCUUGUUCCGUUAAGGUUUGUUUUGUGUAACCUAGGACUUCACGUUUCGUUUGUUUGUUGUUUUGUCGUGAGUUAAGUACUUAAUAAAAUGUACACUUAUCACGCUGCGCCUUGGUCCGUAUCUUCCAUAAAUGAUCGUGACAAUGUCGUAAAUGCAAUGUCAUUUACUGGAGAUAAUCUCUUUAUAAGCCAUAUUUGGAUAGCAUAAACCAAACACUUUUUUUGUUCUGUAUUUAAAAAAAUGCAUGAUAUGUUUGUCACCAUCCUGGGUGUAUGAAGAUUGGAGGAGGACAUGGGAGGAAAGGGAUGAUGGAUUUUAUUUUAAGUGGAACUCCUUGAGACAAGGGAUCUUUUAUAUCAAUACGCCCAACAUCUGUUCACUGUCUUUUACAGCCAUCCAACCACAAAAUGAGUGUUGCACUGAGUAUAAUUAUGUUGAUUAUUUAGUCCUUGAGAAAAGGACAAAAAAAGAGAAGUUUGGUUAUAAAUGCAUGCAGAAUUCAGAAUCACAAAAAAAUUAUCAUCAACAUUACACCAGUUUGAGUGUUGGCUUGAAGUGAGACAAAUAAAUAACUACUCUUGGCUGCAAUUCAAAUGAUUUGCCAGUGUCCACCCAGAAACAACACAAAACCUGCUUCACAAUGGAAAAGAUUUGUGUGUGUGUGUGUGUGUCAUCUCAGAAAAGGUAGGAAGAGCCUUCAAGCUGCUUCAGAAAGGCCAUCGACAUCACUGGCCGCCUCUCAGAGCUGGGGCUGGAAAAAAUACAAAGUAGAAAAUAUACUAAUAUUCAUUUCAAAGUCAAUGUAAUACCCCAGAGAGAGGGUGAGAAUGAGGUGUUGAAUAGGAUAAUCAGCAUCACACACUUAUUCCACAGUAAGUGUUGCUGUGUUGCACUAUAUUUGUGACAGUUGUCAUUGUAAAAGGCUAGUUUUUACCAUAAUUUAGUAUUUACCUCAGAAUAUGAAUGUUGCUAUGCUUGUUUUAAGCAGAUGGCUUUUAGUUGGAGGAAAGGCAACCAAUUAGAAAUAGCAAUUUCACACUACAACCGUCUUUUGAUUUUGUGAAAUUAUAAACAGGGCAGGUUCUCAUAAUGCACUAUCAUUGCCGUGGAUCUACCCAUAAUCCAUAGCCAGAUUUAUUUACUGUUGCAUAAACUUGGUGGCGAAGUCGUCCCUUGUCCCAGCUCUGUUGUUUUGGGCCUAGACUACAUCAUCACACAUAUCAGACAAAAUAAAUGACAUUUGUUGCUGUAUACGGGCCACUGAAAGGGAAUAGUUUUUUGACAAUGUUGUGGCUCCAAAACAAAACUUUAUUGUACACUGUGGUCCUGUUUAAUACACAUUUGUUUUAAACAAAUUGAUUCAAGUAAAGCAUAUGCAUUGAAUGUAUAUAGCCCUACUGUACCAGACUAUUGCGAUGCAAAAAAUAUAUCUCAACUGUACUCCAUGGUUGUUAUUGGUGAUACAACAAAGUAUAGGUUCAAUUUUGGCAAUGAAGCAAGAAAAUCUCAAAAAACAACAGCCUUUAUUGUGUUGCUAUGUUCUUGUUAUGUUUAACGUUGGUCUUCCUCUACCCUCUGUUACAGCACCCUUGGUGGAUUCCAGCCCGAGACACAGCAGUUCAGCCAUGCUGAUGCUCCUAUCAGUAGUAUUCCUGGGUUUAGCAGUGUUUCUCAUCUACAAAUUCAAGAG